AUGGAGCCUGGAUCCGACCAUGACCAUGACGGAGGCGCGUUGGUCCGACGUGCAUGUGAUCAAUGCCGUUCUCGGAAGGUAUGUAUUUCCAUUUUACAUGGACGACAUCAUUUCGAUCUAACUCCGCCACAGAUUCGAUGCGAUAAGCGCACUCCUUGUUCCAAUUGUCGCAGUUCCAGUAUCGUCUGUCGAUCUACCACUGGUCAGAAACCACCAGAGCCUCGUCGACGAGUUCUCAUUUCCAAUCAAUAUGAGAAAAAAAUUGAUUUAAUUGAAGAACGUCUAGCAAGCAUUGAAAAGACUCUUCAACAACUAGCAAGGAAUACUCAACAUACUCCAAGACCUACAUCUCAAUACACCCCUUCACCUUCAGUGCAAUCAACAUCAACUCGGAAUCCAAGGUUCAAAGGCCCCUUUUACACAGCAAACCCUGCCAUCGAGCAGCAUGAUUCAAGCUCCGGGUUCGAGGGAAGCUCCUCCCUGAGUGCCCACGGAGCCUAUGCAAGUGAAUUCCUGGAAUCGGCCGUUUCGAAAAGCUCGCAUCAGGUGCUGUCAAGUCCAAAAAUUAAUGCGGCUCUCUCGUCGUUGAAACAGAUCGUUGGUAUUCAAAACCAGCGACGUGAAGCGGAUUCGCAGGGCAGUCAACUAUCUACUAAGAACGCGCUGGGUGUAAGAUGUGAUAUUCGUGAUCUCGAAAUGCCACCCUUGCAAUUAGUGCUGCGUGUUUUGAGAAAGGUCAAAGAGCACCCGCCUGCCUGCUUUGGUGGUUAUAUCCCGUUCUUGGGGGUGGACUACUUCGUCGAGAAAUGUCGCGAAGUGUACUUCUGCACAGAAGAGUUUUCCGAUGCGGCGUUCAUUGUUUCCAAUUUCUGCUUGUACAGCAUUUUCUACGAGUUUCAUUUCACGGAAAAAGAUAAAUCUCUUGGACAGGAGUGUCAAGACUACAUUGAGAUGUGUCGGGACAACUUAGAAGUGGCACUUGCCAAUCUCAAUAUUCUGAUGCCUGCAACCCAAGAAUCGAUCAAUGCAUUGGCUGUGGGAGCGAUGCAUGCAAUAGAAAUCUCUAAGCCGUCUGUGGGCUGGAACCUGGCGUCAACAGCUAUGCACUUGUGUCAAACACUGGGAUAUCACCGUUUAAGCUCCAUGGAGCAUGACCCAGCACCGAUCCAGCGCAAAAAGCAGCUCCUUUUUUGGUCGGUUUACACAAUCUCAAACAUGAUGUCGCUGCGAUUAGGACGCGCCUGUCCAAUCCAGAAUUACGAUAUCAGCCUGCCAUUACCCCAAGUCCCUGUCGAUGUCCCUGAACCAUGGGGUCCUGUUUGCGUAUGGUGGACGAGAGCGGCUAUCAUUCAAAGCAAGGUCUACCAACACCUGUACAGCCCGGAGGCACUGCAACAGCCAGAGAGCCAUCGGGUUGCACAUGCGCAGCAAUUGGCCGCUGAAAUGAAGUCUAGUGUCAAUGAGCCGUUCGAGAAAUUCAUGGCAUCCAAUCCCCAAAUGUCCAAAUUGGACCAGAUGUACCUCGCAACCGAUAAAGUCAGCAGGUUGUCCGUCCUUACUUUGAUAUACCGCGCAAUCCCGGCAUCAACGGAGCCCGGUUCCGUCAGCUUCAUCCCCGAAUGUAUCGAGACAGCCCGUGAAGCUCUAGAAGUCCACCGACAAUGUGGUGCAGACCUCAAUGAAACAGACGACUUCAUGAAAACUUCGUACAUGCACUGGGGCAUUCUCCUCUCCCCCUUCGUCCCCUUCAUAGUAAUCUUCUGCAACGUAAUAACAACCUCCAACGCCGAAGACCUAGCCCGCCUAGAAGAAUUCAUCGCCUCCCUCCGACCGCUCAGCUCAUACUCCCAGUCCAUCGACCGCCUGCAUACCCUCUGCUCCGUGCUGGGAACCGUCGCCCGGCUCUACUUCGAAGCAAAUACCCGCUCUGAGACCGAUGCCGACCCGCAGGAGUUUAUGCAGGUCGGUCAGGAGUUCGAUGCUUAUCUCGGUGCCCUGGGAUUGCCUAAUAAUUCCAUGAGUGGGACUGGUAUGGGUAGUGGAGGGUUCCAGGCUGAUGUUCCGGUGGUGCAGGUGUCGGAUUCCGGGCUUGGAUCUGGGUUCCCGGGCCCUGAGGCGGAUUCGGGAACUGCUGCGCAGUUGGGAAAUUGGUUCUGGGGAAAUCAGUAUAUGAUGGGUCUUUUGGAGGAGGAUUUGUCGCAGUUUAAUCCGGGGUGGUCGUGA